CGGCAGGGUAUCAAAACCAAAGAUUAUCCUGAAAAACGAUGAGUUGUAGGCUUCCCGUAGUUAUUCCUCUGUUCGUAAAUGAAAUAAUGUAAAUUAUAUUUAAAGGAUCUAAGCAAGUGUUGGGUAAAAUAUAAUACAAAAUACAGCUAUUUUAUUAAUAACACACUUGUUUUGACCGUCGUAACGUUCGUCUAUCUGUUGUUUCUUUUCUCACAUUUCCUAACAGAUGUUUUUGUAAACAAAACCUGGUAACAUCUGACGCUGUCAGCUGAUUGGAAGAAGUUAAACGCAAUCAACAAAGCCACGCGCUGAAGGCGAACUGAGAGUGCAACGACAUUUUAAAGCCGAAUUUUAACGGUUAACAUUAAGUGUGUUGACGGUAUUAAAUGCCAUUUAUAUCGAAAGAUUGGCGUUCUCCAGGAGAAGAAUGGGUAAAAACGGAAGAAGGUUGGGAGAAGAAGAGAAUUUUGGAGUGCUGCCAUCACCCAGAACACGAAGGAAUAGAUGAAAGCAGGUUAGAAGAGAAAAGCAAGUUACCGUCAGAGUCAUGCGAAGAUAAUUUGGCUUUAGAGCAGUUUGUUGAAAAAAGGAGAAAGACUUCAGAUGGUGCUGUGCAGCCACAUUGUCAAAUUACCAUUAAGAGUACAAGAGAGAUCGCGGGCUUCAAUGGCCUGAGCGACGCGCUGAAGCGGCUGGACUUCAGGAGCGCGGUGCACGACAUCCGGCGGUUCAACUACACUGCGAAGCUGCUGGAGAUGCUGAUGACGCAGCGACUGGCCAUGCUGCCGGGCUGUGCGCAGCGCGUGCUGUUCGCGAUGCUGGAGGAGGUGGCGAGCCACGUGUGCACCAGCCAGCAGAACAUCCACACGCUGCGACGCCUGCUGGGGCAGCUGCGAGCCACGCUGGACCACGCCUGCUGGGGCUGGCCCCUGGGCAGCUCCCUGCUGUGGGAGCGCCACCUGCGGUCCAUCGACAAGGUGGCUGCCAUCGCCUCCCACAUACGCAUCAGGGAGCCGAGAGACGACGCCUACCCGAAGCUGGUGGACCUGCCGGAGGAGUGCGUCAGGGAAGUGCUACUGCGCCUCGACGACCACAAGGACCUGGAGAGCUCGGGCCAGGCGUACGGCGUGAUGCAGCGCCUUGUGGACGAGCAGCGCAUCUGGCGCGAGCUGUGUCGCUUCCACUUCACCCCCCUGCAGCUGCAGCAUGUCACUGAGGGCGCUCUGGCCGGCUGCACGGACUGGCAGCGCAUCUACCACAAACUGCGCAGGCUGUUUGGCUUGAAGGAGGAGUACGCAGAGAUGAUUCAGCUGUGCCGGAACUGCCGCUGCCUGUUCUGGAAGUCGAUCGGCCACCCUUGCAUCGCAGACCAGGACCCGGAGUUCCAGGAGAAGCUGGAGGACGUCGACAAGGACUCCCUGCACGUCCCCGUGCCGCCCCAUAUGUUUCUCAAGUUCUUUUCCCUGUGAUGGGCCGGUUAUCCUCCCCCCAUCUCGCGUGGGCGCCACUUGGUUUUGUUUAGUUCCUCGCUUCCCUCGCGCUCGUAGGCUUGCUGUGUAUCCCGACAGGAGAGGAUCUUGCCUUGCGUCUUGCACGUCCCCGAGGGCGACCGCUGGCCACACCAUUACCUUUGGCAGUGGAGGAAAUUACGGGUAACCGCAAGACUAGGAGACUUGAGGUAUUUUUUUUGUCUUGUGUUACAUUUGUAAUGGGUUUGUUGUGAGCAAUGUAGAUACAGUUUUUGUUUAUGAGAUGAGGACUUUUUUUUUUGUGAUUUUUGUUUUAAGAUGUAGUAAAUUUUUUUAAAUGGUUUUUUUCUUCUGAAAUCUGAUUUGUUGUGUGUUGCUGUUGAGUGCAGUUAAAAAAAAUAUAUAUUUUAAUACUAAUUGUAACCUAACAUAAUUGAGGAGUUGAUGUUUUGCUGUUCAGGAAGACAAUAUUGCAGGACUGUUUUGGUCCAAAACAGCAGUCCAUUUAUUUUGUCGACCUUGCAGAUAGAUAUUAAAUCUUAGAAUUUUUAAUAUCCUUUUGAAAUUUAUAUGGUGGAGCGACUUUUGUUUCAGCUACAGUAUUUAAUUUUUUGUGAUAAACCUGGUCAGAAUAUUCAUAAAAUAUUAUUUUUAUUGAAGUGAAGAUAUUGAUCUUUUUAUAUAGUUAAGUGGUUUUUUGUUUAUGUACUGUAGCAAUAUUAUCAUUUUUAUACCUUUAACACCUGUUUAUUUUAUUUUCAUAGUUUACUGAAAAACUUAAUAUAUAUUUUAUAACUAAAAUAACUAUUUUUUUAGAAGUGAAAACUUAUUGGCAACUGAUAUGUUUAUUUUCUCAAACAACAUUGUUUUUAGCUACUAAUAAUGCAAUGUAGGCAGCUUUCAUACUGUAUGGCAUAUGUAGCCUAUGGUUAAAAUAUUUAACAUGUAAAAAAAUAUUCAUUAUAUGUACCUAGAAGCAUCUGCACAUAGUAUAGUACAGGCUAAUUAAAACAAGUUAACAGAGUACAGUAUUUUUUAGCUGUAAAGUUGGUUGUUUGUAUUUUUCGUUACGUUGCUAAUGGUUUGUUAAUUAUUUGUUAUGAAAAUGAUGCCUUGGAAUGGUUGUGCUCUUACGUUUCAUUUGAGAAUUGUAUUCCUAUACACAAUAUGAAUGGUUUACCAACUAUGGAAUGUUUGUUUCCCACUUACAUACUUUAUUGUUGCAAUAAAACUUUUUUUAUUUAGAUAAGUUUAA